GCGCCCACAGCAGCUGCCAGUCCCUGCGAAGAUGUAACCUGUUUCUGUGCCCGCCUGGCACCACAUCUGCAGCUCAGCCCUUCCCUCUUGGUUGCAGGAGCCUCCCCGCCGGGCAGUCCCCAAUGGAGUGUGGGCACGCAUCUGAGCGCGGCGCGGGCACGGAGCCCGAUGCCCUGCUGCCUUCUGCCAGCAGCAAUCCCUGCCUGCCCCCGGCGGGGCAGCGGCCCGGGGCCCCUCCGGGCAGACCCGCGGCUGCCAACGCCGCUCGGGAGCGCAGCCGGGUGCAGACCCUGCGCCAUGCCUUCCUGGAGCUGCAGAAGACUCUGCCCUCGGUGCCACCCGACACCAAGCUCUCCAAGCUGGACGUGCUGCUCCUGGCCACCACCUAUAUCGCACACCUCACUCGCAGCCUUCAGGAUGAGGAAGAGUCGCCGGGAGAGGGCUUGGGUGCCCUCCGAGGGGAUGGGUACCUGCACCCUGUCAAGAAGUGGCCGAUGCGCUCCAGGCUGUACAUCGGCGCCACGGGACAGUUCCUGACGCACCCAGCAGCCGGCGACGGCGCAGGCCAAGGAGAGACAUCAGCAGCUCCACAAAUGUAACCUCCCUGACAGCUUUAAAAGCAUUCUUAUUUAUUACACCUUACAUAUCUAUUUAAGAGCCGCACCUACAGACAGACUGCCACUCCUGACAUAGUGUUUGUAGGGCAGAAGGAGUUGAUUCUGAAGUGUUGUUAGUACCUCAUGAAGUUCAUGUGACAUCCCAUCGCUUCAUCUAGAGCACGCUGCUGGCCUCUGCACUGGGGGAUGAGGAGAAGGCAAUGGUAGGCACCACAGUGCAGGUGCCUCAUGCCCUCUGGGACUGGUGGUGAACCAGUACGCAGUGGAGGAGCAGGGAAGGGGCAAUGCAGUGCUGGCUGAGCACAGAACAGUAAGGCUGGGGUAGAUAGCCAAGGGCAGGUCUGAGAAGAGCAGCAGACACACACGUGAAAAUAGCGACCACGGUCCUGCACGUGGGUCCCUCACUGCAUAGACCUGGCAGUGGAAAUCCCACUGGGCACCAGUGCCAGGUCAGGGCUCUGUCCUGUGGGUGCCUGUCGGUGCAGGUGGCUGCUCCUGAGCACAUGGCUCUGCAGGCACCUCUUGUGGCAGCAUGCAGCCUGCCCUCCUGCAGGCACAGCCCUGUGUCAGCCCCAGGCUCUGCAUCGAGCGCUGCCACGGGGGACGCACAGGCUUGUGCUGCACCUUAGAGUCCCCCCAGCAGGCCCCCUUGGCUGUGUUUCUCUGGCCUGUUGGCAGGUGCCUGCACUGAGCCCCGAGAGUUGGCUGUCCCUGGCACACUUUUCACUUAAGCAUCCUCUGUAGCUGGGUAAGAAAGGCUGAAGCUAAACACAGCUGUGUCUGUUCUGUAAGCUCUGUACCGCUCCUGUUACUGCCGAGGUGAACACACCAUUAAAUCUCGUUCUGUGGGCUUCAUGUCUCUCCUGAGCUGCAACAUCUCUGACAGUUCCUAGUGCUGACAGCCUGCAUUCCUGGGCGUUGCUUCCUGCAGACUUCACCAGCUAAGUUUUCCAAAGGCAUUCAGGAAAGAGGCAAAGAGCACUACCAGUGAGAGCAGCCUUCAGGGACCAAUACAAAAAGAUAAUUCUGUCACUUCCAAUCUCUUUUCAGCCUCAAACUUGGGAUGUCUUUCAGAGGUGCUGAGCAUGCCAUGGCAAAUCCAGUGCCCAGGAUCCUCCACCCCAGCAGCAUCCUGAGCUUCACCAGGAUGGUUCUGUUAUAUAGUAAAAGGAGAUGAUGUGAAGGAGGGGUCGAGGGGAUGGUUGUUGAGUAAGAUGGAAGAGUGACAGCACAGCAAGGGUUGCAGGAAUGCUCUGC